GUGAGGGGAGGGUGUGUUUCCGCUCCCUCCGUGUGUGCUGACCUCUCUGUUCGCAGAGGACGAGAACUAAACUUUACGAUUGUGUCUUGGAUGCAUGAUUUUAAAUACUGCUAAAUUAGGAUUAUGGUGUUGUAGUGACGGCGUGUCAGUGUGUCUAUGCCUGAUAGUAAGGACCUAAGAGAGCUAUGAAUGCUGGAGAGGUGGUGCUGACCUGCGGCGGGCUGGGCGCGGGGAUGAUGAAGGCCAGCAAGGCGGGCAAGGUGGGUCAUAGCGGGUGGGCAGCAGGUCACCACGACCCGUGGAUUCAACCGGCAGCCGUACCAACCACAACCACCACAACCCUGGGCCCCAAGGAACCCCCGACCAAUACUUCCAUGGAUUCUGGUGUUGCGGGUUUGCGCGACACCCCCGUCCACACGCCAGCGCCCAUACACAACAACAACAACAACAACAACAUGGUGGGCAACAAAGGAAACAACAACAACAACAACGAGGAGUGCGACGUGCCCAAGUUCAUCGUGGACCACACGACGCGCACAACUUAUAUGAAAGGACGAUUUCUGGGCAAGGGUGGCUUCGCGCGCGUGCACGAGGUGACGGACCUGACCACCAGCAAGACGUACGCGGGGAAGAUCAUCCCCAAAUGCCGGAUCACGAAGCCGCACCACAAGGAGAAGAUCGCCCGCGAGAUCGAGGUCCACCGGCACCUGCGCCACCGCCACGUCGUCCGCUUUCACCACUACUUCGAGGACGAUGCCAACGUGUACAUCAUCCUUGAGAACUGCGCCCGGAGGAGCCUCGUCCACGUGCUGAAACACCGACGAACGCUGACGGAGCCGGAGGUGCGCUACUACAUGCGGCAGUUGGCCGAGGGCGUGGCGUACGUGCACCAGCAGCAGGUUAUUCAUCGUGACCUGAAAUUGGGCAACAUGUUUCUAACAGAGGACAUGGUCAUGAAGAUCGGGGACUUCGGCCUAGCCACGCGCGUCGAUGACAACAGGAAUGUCACAAUAUGCGGAACCCCGAAUUACAUCGCGCCAGAAGUACUGAACAAGUUGGGCCACUCGUACGAAGCGGAUAUUUGGGCCAUGGGCUGCAUCAGGAUCUUUUUGUGUCCGUCCAGGUAUGCACUGCUCGUUGGUCAGCCUCCCUUUGAGACUGAGACCCUAAAGGAGACAUACUCACGCAUCACCACCAACAAGUAUGUGAUUCCACCUCUAAUAAGUGAUGCCGCAAGGCACUUGAUCCGGCGGUUCCUUCACCCUGACCCGAAUGCCAGGCCUCGCCUGGAUCAGGUCGUCAACCAUGAGUUCUUUACUACAGGCGUUGUUCCGCGAAGUCUGCCCUCCUCCGCUUGUACCCAGGUGCCAAAAUUUGGUCUGGAGAUCAUUGGAAAGUCAGUCUCUAUGCCAGAACAGCAGAUGCAACAGCAGCAACAAACGAUGCUUCCUCAGUCACAGUCACAGCAUCCCUUAAAUCAAGACAUCAAGAAAAUUACUACUUCAGUCUCAACCCUCCGCAUCCCCAACCCAAAACCACAAUUAGACAAGAUCUCGAUUUUGGAUGGCGGGUUGGGAAGCCCUCCCACGAGCAGACCAACCACUGCAACCUCAAAGGAAGAGAAUAGGAAAAAAGAUUCUGGAGGAACCUUGUCAUCUUGCCUUCGACAAAAACUCUCAUCAGUCAUUUGCACGACAGACAACAAGGCCUCUGCUGGUAACUUGGUUGGCAAGAAGAGGGACAUAACUUCUGGGACUUUAUACAAUCUCUUGGCUGCAUGUUUAGAUAAUAUGCCAGAUGAUAUCAGUAGCAAUCCCCCUGUUCAAAGUUACACACCAUUGUUUAUUUCGAAAUGGAUUGACUAUUCAAACAAGUAUGGGUUUGGUUACCAACUGUCAGACCACUCCGUUGGCGUCUUCUUCAAUGAUCUCACUAGGAUUAGCAUUAGUACAGACAAGAGUCGUGUUGAGUUCACAGACUCAGCAGGUAGACUGACUGUACAACAAGCUGGAGCUUUGCCAGCUUGGCUGCAGGAACGCUAUCAGCUUUUGCGUUAUUUUGCAACUUAUAUGGAAGAGAAUCUUACUGAAGCUGGCGAUGCUCGUGCUGCAAGAGCAGCAACUUCCAGAGCCUCGAUUAUCCCACAUGUGCGCCGUUGGGAUCGAACACCAAAGUCCAUCAUUAUGCAGCUUAGCAAUGGAACCUUCCAGAUUAACUUCUUCAAGGACCAUACCAAAAUUGUAAUUGCUGGUGAUCGCACAGAUGUCAGUGUAAUGUUCAUCAGCAGUGACAGACAGUCCUUCACCUAUCGUCUUACCCAGAUUGCAGAGCUUGGCUGUGAUGCUAUGGUGCGAGAGCGUUUAGUGUAUGCACUCUCGUGCCUUAGGCAGUAUGCAGAAUUGGAUGGAGAAGAGGUUUGAAGAACAGCAAAGACUAGUUCUAGAGAUAUUUUUAAAUAUUUGUUGGAAACUAGAGUGAUUUAAAUUCUCAUGGACCACAUUGGAAAAGUAUCAUGUUCCAAGGACUGCAUCUUGGAAGUACAGAGUGACACUGCAUUACUGGUGAUGGUAUUGAAAAAAAAUGAGCAAGUUUUGUUAGGUUUUGAAGAGAAAUACAUUUCCAUCAGACUUGUGUAUUGGAGAUGCAGUUGGCCAUAGUUGUGGCAUUAUUAGAUGUAUAUGGAACUGGUGGUGUGUAAUGAUAGGUAGUUGACCCCAGCAUUAUGUACUGAGAAACUGGAAUGAUUAGUAGGGAUAAGCCUUUAUGUGAGGUCUGUGUGUCAUCUUUUCACAUUUUUUUAUUGAAGGCAGCGGCCCCAGAGAUGCUUCACAAAGACUCACUGUUGCUGAUCACUGGAAUAUGCAGGAUCCCUGAACUAUGCAAUAAUUGUGUAAACUGUACAUGUCAGUAUGUUGCACACUUGUGUUACCUGUGUGAGUAGUGUGUUUUAUGUUACUGUUACAUAUUGUUGAAUGAAAACUGAAGAGUUUAGGAGCCUGUAAGCUCUACCUCAAAUUGUAAUAAUAAUUUUUGUCUCAUCACUGCCCAUGUUGAUAGUCAAGGGCAUGGAAAAGCCUCUAAAUCCCUCAUUCACAAUGUUUUGAUACUUCUUGUUGAAGUUAUUUACACAGAACUCUGUUGGGAAGCUGUGAAUGAGGGCCCUGUUGUAUGAGCCUUCCCCAUGAUAGCCCCUACAUUUACCAAAGAGUUUGAGAGGGGUAGAAUAUUGACACGUUAGUGUAAGCCAACACUAAUAUGUAAGCAUUAGGAGAGUUGGGGAUGAGCCCCUGUUUGAGAAAAGUGAUAUUUGGAGUUGAUUCUGGUGUGGUGGUUGUGGUGAAUUACCUCUUCUGUGCAUUAAGAAGAUUCUCUUUUGAAUUUAAGAGGAAUCUUAUACCAAGAUUAAUCAAAUUUUAAUGAUCUCUAAAUAUACCACUGCUCAAAAACCCAAAUACAUAGAAAGUGCAUUCAUGGAACAUGCUUGUGCAAUUAUUAAAAAAAAAUAAAAUAAAAAAAAUAAAAAAUAAAAAAUAAAAAUGUGGUCCCAUGUGAUGAAUGCUGUUGGUAGAAGCAGAGAGAAAAAUCUCGUGCUAUGAAGGAGAGAGGAGGACCAGGAAUGUCUCACCACUGAAGCUGUGAUACAUGCACAUCUGAUGUAUGGUCUUUUUCUCUAGAAAUAAUAAGGUUCAUGGUGAAAGUAAUUGAAUUUGAGGCAGAUUUUGUAGACCCAGAAGCAAGUCCGUCCUGGUAUGCUCUGCAUCAGUCAUUUGUGAGUGUACAACAGAAAAACGGUUUGUGAUACAAUUUAUGUGGUCAUGUUACCAUUCUUUAAAUUUUAUCUUGCUGAUACAAGAAAUAAGAUUUACUGAAUUUCCUAGACCCUAAAUUAAGGUUUAUAUCACAAAUAAAUGCUGUGAAGCUUCUGAUGGUCAGUGAUUGUUUCAUAAUGGUGUAAGAUUUACAAAGACAAUGUUUUCAACAGCUCUCUUGCUUUUUCAGCUGCAAAUUCAAGACAUUCACAAUUCUGUCGUAUAUACAGGAUGAGGCCUUUUUACACAACCAAAGAGUGAAUGGUUUAUGCCAAUGUUCCCUUUUUGGCUCAGGUUUAACUAUAUUGUACCAAAUAUAAUUUUGAUAAUGAGAGUCAGCUUCUCAUAAGUUAUACAGUAUUGGCAUGGUAAGUGAUAUAUUCUAUUUUGUACAUUUCAGUUGAAAUCAUAAGCCAUAAUUAAUUAUUCAUUCAAAAGAGAGUCUACUGUCAUUGGGCUGCAGACUUUAUGCCUUGUCUAUAUUCAUGUAAAGAUUUUUUCCAGUAAAUCAAUCAUAAUGGCUUAAGUACAAACCUAAAAGAAAUAGAAAAAAAAAAAUCAGUGAAUUAAAUUUUCUGUGGGCAUAGGGAAGUUUUGUGUAUGAUCCAGACAGCCUCUAUAAAUGAUCUCAUAUUUGUGAACCUUCAGGUCACCUCAAAGCAGAGUAGUGCCUCAGUAGGUUCUUGUUGUUAGAGGUGGUGUGCAGAUGUGAACAGGGAUUCGUAGUCACAGGCUUGAUAGUCUACACAUAGUAGUUUCAGAUGUUCAAGUAUAGGCUGGUAAAAAAAAAAAAAAAAACUAACAUUUUUGGUCCUUUUGAUAAUGUUUUGUGUAAAGUGGUGACUAUGAAUCCUGUUCAGGCAACAAGUUGUUUUCUUAGGGUCCCACUCCUAAGCAGCUUGGCUUUGUAAUGAACAUUGUGUAUUUAUUGUAUAUGUUUCCCAUUCAAAGAGGUUUACUCCUACCAUUAUUUUCUGUCUUACCAAAGAUAGCAGAGUUUAAUCUGCUCUUCACUUCAAUAUUGAUGUGGUAGACAGGCUUUUGAUUAUUAAAGUCAUUGUUAUUCAGAUUGCUAGUGCAGCUUUAGGGCUUUUCACACAAAGCACUAGAGGCUCAAGGGUAUUAUUGGUGAAUAUGAAGGUGUGCUUAAAUGCCAAGCCGAAGGAGGAGUUAUGUGCCAAGGAUCCCUUUGAUUGUUCUAGAAUAUUAUGAUUGUGUCUGUGAUUUUCUAUGUUAAUUUUUGUAUGUUUUGUUUUUGUGAUACUUUGUGAUUUUCUGUUCAUGUAUGUAUGCAAGUAUGUAUAUAUAGUGCAUCAAUAAUUUAAGCAUGUGUGUUAUGUUUGUUUUCUGUAUCAAGUCGGUAGCGCUCAGGUCUUUCACAACCCGAUAGCAGCAAUGUGGUCUUCCUUAAAUUAUUUUACUCGGUAUCUUUCCAUUGGUUUGCAACUACCAAAUCCUCCAAAUUGGUGCCUUUAUGUAAUGUUAUCAGUGGGAGGGAGGGAGGGUAUCCUUGCUGUGUCAAGUCAACUUUCUUUAUAGUGCUCAAGCAUAUAUGGCACCUGAACAACUCUUCAUCUGUUCUAAAGAAUAUUUUGGCAUUAUAGAUUAAACAAAAAUGUGCCUACUACCACAAUCCUAUGUCAUGUCAUUAUGAAAUGACAUAAUUAAAGAGAACAGGUUUAAAUUGCUAACUCAUUUUAUUUUCACUGACAUUGAAAUCUAUUGUACUACCAAAAUUUCUUGUGAUCUAUGUGGCCAAGAGGGUGUAAGGCCAUGGUUGAGCAUUAUCUGGUUGCCUGAGUAUUCAGAAACUCUAGAUAGUGUGGAUUCUCUCAUUGUUACACAUAAAGUAUGGGCCUUAUGAUGCGAGAUGUCUUCCAUGCAAUAGGACGAUUACUUGGUUCACUUCCCGAGGUUGGGUGCGAUUAACUCUGUUUCCAAAGGUUACAUGCUCUCAACCAAAGGAAGGAUGGGCAGUUCCAAGUUCAUGUUAAGAGAGAAUUGUCAGUCCUCAGGCUUGUUUGAUAUUUGAAAGGACUGAUUUGUUUGAGACUGCAGGAGAUUGAUUAUUUGGUAGUUGCCUGAGAUUGGACCAAUGUUAAUUGACCUUUACCUGAGAGGACGACGUCAUUUGUGUCCAGUGUAGUAAAGAUUCCUUCCAUUAUAUAGUACAUGGAGUAAAAAGUAAUUACUCCAGAAUUUUGAUCAUCAAAUGAUACAAUCAUCUCUCUUCAUAAUUAACUUCCAGGGUCCCUUUUUAUCAUGCUUCAAGAAGGUGACCAAAGCAUGUUUGAUAAAUGACCCAUUUUGGCGUGAGAUUUGUCCGCCAUGGUCCAUAGUGUCAGAGUAUUGCAUUAUUAUCCUAACUGGCCCACUCAAGACAUGUAAAUAAAUUAUGUUAAGAUGUUAGGAUUACAGUGGUAGUCAUCUUUAAUCAGUGCAGUCCUAUGAUGUAAAUUAGACAUCAUAGACUCUAAUGGUCUUUCAUUUUUUGCAAUUCUUGUUGUAAAUUUACUUGCUUUUUGUUUGUAAUAAAGAAUCAGUAAUGAA